CGAGCCUAGCUAGCCGCAAGCAAGCAUCAGUCACAAUACAAAAUAAUAAUUUCUUUCGCAUUUUACGCUUUUCCUUUUAAACUUGGUAUCCACCACUUGAUUGUAACGUGACUAGGGUGAAUGUGCUACCUAGCUACUUGGUGCUUUCGGACUAGGAUGGACACCAGUUUGAGUUAAAUUUAGAGGAUCCUGUUUAAGACUGCGGAGAGCUCUCAGCUGUGGACCUCUUGAGAGGUCACUGGGGAUGACCACCACCCCAACAUUGCCAUGGGUUCAAGCAUCGGAGGUUUCUUGGAUGACCUCUUCAGGCACGGGGAUGUGCAAAUGUCCAGCAUAGCUAUAUUCAUAAUAGGGUUGUUAUGCUUCACGGUGCUGUGUCUUAUCUUCAACCUGCUGUUCCACAAACCGCCUCCAUCACUAACAAAGAGAAAGAGGAGGAAGUCUCUAAUCGGCUGCGCCGUCCAUAGCCCCUCGGUGCCUAGCACUCGCCACAGAGGAAACUCUAAAAGGGUGCAUAAGAAAAACAGGGCCUCGGUCAACGACAACAACUCAUCAUCUAAAGUAGUGCUCGUCACGUGUAGAGAGGUCCCCAGGUACCAACCACAUGCAUUAUGUGUUACCUGUGGUCGGGUACCAUCCAAGAAAGCUUGCAGAUACAGUCGAUGUGGGGAGUGCUGUAGGGCUAACAAAGCUUCCAUCUGUGCUGCUCAUGGGACGGGAGUCUGUGCUGCUGUAGGGAUCGUUGAGGGUGCAUUGGAUGAUAAACCACUGGAGCUUGACCUGAGUUACAUGAAUCUGAAGAAGUGCCCGCCCCGCAUCGGCUACGUCGGCACCCAGCUAGUCUGCCUGAAUCUCAUCAACAACAGACUGACGGAGCUUCCUGAGGAGAUUGGUCUCCUCCGUGGGCUUGAGGAGCUAUUUCUUCAGUACAACUGCCUGGAAGAGCUACCGGACACAAUUGGCCAGUUCCACAAGUUACAGGAACUAGACUGUAAGAACAACCACCUAUGCAGGCUACCAGCAAGCAUCGGCAAUCUCAGCUCCCUGUCCAUGUUUAACGCCACUAAUAAUCUGCUGCGGUCCCUACCGACGGAGCUAGGAAAUCUCACUAGACUAGAAGAACUUUGCCUACAUUCCAAUCAGUUAACUGAACUACCAGACUCAAUAUGCAACUUGGUGAAUUUAACGGCGCUUUACUUAGGUGAAAACAGAAUCACAAAGAUGCCAGCCAAAUUGGGGAAACUGAUCAUGCUGACAGAGCUAGAUCUGUCAUCGUGUGAGCUGGUCGAGCUACCAGAUUCGUUAUCAAGAUGCACUUCACUUAUUAAAGUAUGGCUGUCCAAUAACAAGCUAUGUACAUUGCCUGAUCAAAUGGGGCGUCUUCAUCAACUCAAAGAGCUGCAUGUUAGAAAUAAUCGUAUCAAAUACUUCCCUGCCUCCCUGUCGUAUCUACAACUCUACACAUUCAGUGCCAAUCAAAACCGACUUCUAGAUGAGUGGGACAGAUCCAUAAAAAGGAAGUUCACGGUUAAUCCAGACUCAGACAUUCCUCCGUUGUUGGAGCUGACCGCUAGGACCAUUGCCAGCUGCAAUAUAGAGUGGCAAGAUGGAGAUUUGCCAUCUGAACUAGCAGAUUUGUUGAGAAGUCGCAGGCAGUGUUCUAGCUGUGAGGGUCCCUUCUUCAGGUUCUACCAGUCAGAACUGGUCUUUGCCAAUAUUGGUAUUUUCCAUCGAGUGCCUCUGUAUCAGCAAAUCUGUAGCCCGUUCAACAACAUGCACUGUCAGCCAGUUGAUCUGGCCUGAUGGUCAUGGUCAGCCAGUUGAUCUGGCCUGAUGGUCAUGGUCAGCCAGUUGAUCUGGCCUGAUGGUCAUGCAUAUGUCUUAAUGAUAUACAUGUAGGUGUUUGUUAGGCCUGGGCGACUAGUGAAAUUUACUACUCAACUAGUAGCACCUGAAAUACAGUCUCAACUUAUACUAUAAUUCACGCUGAAAGGAUUGAAGGAUUUUGUCACUGAUGUCUGAUUGUGUUUCGUAAGUAAAUUAUGUUGUCGUGAAUAGUCGGAGUGACACAAUCGGUUCACCUAACGGGUUUGUAGUAGUCAGACUAUUUUUGUAGUACCGGUAUAGACGAUGUGACCUCUGACGUCACUCGAAAACCAUAACAUGAUUCGCACG